GCCCCCCGCGCUCCUCCUCCAGGGCACCGGCGUGCGCCCGCCGCUCGCCCCGUUCGGGACGCUGCCUUGCUCGGUUCGGUGGGCGCUGGAUGCCGCGCCGGUGAGGACAGCGGAGCUCCGCUGUUGGGGUCAUCCUACGGUGCGUGGGAUGAAGGGAGCCUGACGCCCGCCCAGAGAGGAGACCCUGGCCCCCGUGGAGCUGCCCACCAUGAGCAGGGUGCUGCUGGCCGGCAGGAUGCAGCCGGAGAGCCGGAGCGUCUGCGUCUUCCUGCCCACCCGGGAGCAGCUCAGCCUCGCCGUCGGGGUCAAAGCCACUGGACAGGAGCUCUUUCAGCAAGUUUGUGAUUUAGUGAAGAUUAAAGAGCCUCACUUCUUUGGCCUCAGCAUUGUUAAAAAUAAUGAAUAUGUUUUUAUAGACCUGGAGCAGAAGCUUAGCAAAUACUUUUCAAAGGAAUGGAAGAAAGAUACCACUAAAGGGACAGAGAAAUUCAGCCCUCCUUUUGUUGCAUUCUUUAGAGUACAAUACUACGUAGAAAAUGGAAGAGUAAUAAGCGAUAAGGUGGCACGGCAACUCUACUACUGCCAUCUCAAAGAGCAAGUACUUAUGUCUCGGUGCAACCACAAAGAAGAAAUCUACUUCUUGCUGGCUGCCUACAGCUUACAGGCAGACUUGGGCAACUACAGGGAGAAGGUCCAUACUGGCAAAUAUUUUGAACCUCAGGCUUAUUUCCCACAGUGGAUAAUUGCGAAGAGGGGGAGCGACUACAUCUUGAAACAUGCCCCAGAGAUGCACCGAGAACAGCAAGGGCUGAGUGCUAAGGAAGCAGUGCUGAUGUUCAUUAAGGAGUCCUGCCUGCUGGAAGAUGUGCCUGUCCACUUCUACAGGCUGCAGAAGGAUAAGAAGGAGGAUCGCCCCACAGUUAUCCUGGGCCUGACCCUGAGAGGAAUGCACAUCUAUCAGGAGGUGAAUCAUGUCCGCCAGCUCCUCUACGACUUUCCCUGGUCACACAUCGGGAAGCUGGCGUUUCUGGGGAAAAAAUUUGAGAUCCAGCCAGAUGGUUUGCCCUCCGCACGGAAACUGGUUUACUACACGGGUUGCCCCUUCAGGUCACGGCACUUGCUGCAGCUCCUCAGCAACAGCCACCGGCUUUUUCUGAAUAUACAGCCAGUGUUGAAGCAGAUCCAAAAACUGGAGGAAGCUGAAGAGAAGAAGCGCUACCGGGAGUCCUAUAUCAGUGACACUCUAGACAUGGACCUGGACCCAUGCGAUAAGAACUCGCGCGGCAGCGGGAGCAGCGGGGGCAGCCGGAGGGAUAACCGUCUCUCGCGCCAGUCCACGGGGAGUCACGGCAGCUCUCACACGUCGGGCAUCGAGGCUGACUCCAGGCACCGGGUGUCGGUGGAAAUGUCAGUGGAUGAGCCCUUCAGCAUUGACCGGGUGCAUAGGAAAGAGAAAUCCUGCAGCUCAACCAUCAGCUACGGUAGCUCUGGCAUUGACAGUGGCAGCAAAGGACGGGCUGAAGAUGACUCUCAGGACGAUGAGCUUGAGCUGGCAGUAGAUGAGCCAGAGGAGGUGCCCGUAGAUGAGCCUUUAGAGGGAGACCAGUUAGAGGAGGCCACUGUGGGAGAAUCUGUUGAAUCUCUUCCUCUAGAUGCUGCUAGCUGCCAAGCUAUGAAUCAGGAAUCACUGUCUGUGGUGCAAGUCACGCUAAUAAAAAUGAGAGGUCAAAGUGUGGAAUCCCUUCACGAGGUCCGAUCGCCCAAAAGCAGGAGCUGCACGGACCAGCACAGCCAGAGUUUGGAUGACAUCCGCCUUUACAAGCACCAGCACCCGCCACUAAGCGCCACGCUGUCUUCAGACACGUCCCACAGCUACACGUUUGGCUGCAGCCUGGAGGAUAAGCUGUCUAUCUAUGGCUGCGUUUAUUCCACAGCGGACUGCAAAACCAAGUCUGCCCUUUAUGGGAAGCGAUCCAUGAACUGCCUCUCCUUGGAUCUUUUGGGAGAGGACCAGCUUCCAGAGGAGUUUGUGGUGUAAUGAGAUUGGAGCUCUUCCAUACCAGGAAACAGCUCAUCAUGGAAAUAUAUACCUCAUUAACACAUGUGAUGUCACUUUGGUUCUGGCAGGAGACUGUGAGCGGCUCUGUUAUUCAGCUCCUCAAUCAGUAAAUGGCAUCAUUCUGCAGACCUGACUACAGGGCAAAUCAACUGGAGUGUAGCACUUACCGUUGGCAUUUGAAGUGUCUGUCUGAGCAGAAAAUGGAAGUGGCCUGCACCAUUAGCAGUGACACAACCAACAUAAAAACCAAAAACAGUGGACCAAAACUGACACUGAGCUAGUAAAGCAAACACUGUGUCUAAAUGGAUUUAUCAGAAAGAUAUUUAAAGUCUAUGUCAGUUUAUCUUCCUGCCUUUCUGCUGUGGUCCGAGUACGUGAAUCUUAGUCUACAAAUAAUUUGGUUGUCUUGAGUUUGUGCUGCUGCAACACUGCCAACAGCUGUCAGGCCAGGAUAGAGUCUGAGCACAUUUGGAGGUCUGUGUAUGGCAGUGUCUAGCCUGUCCCUCUUGUAAUGGACCAAGUUGCCUAUUUGCUUUACUGGGAGCAAGACCUGCUCUGCCAGGAGUCUAUUUCUCUUUUGUUGUUGUUGUUUUGUUUUGUUGUAAGCAUCCAGCCAAAUACAAUGUGUGUUCUUUUUUUUUUCUUUUUCUUCUCCCCCCCCCCCCCCCCCGCUUAAUGCAACAAAUGGAACUGUCUCUCAGCUAUCUACUACUGCCGUGAUGCAGACUGGUAAAUAAAUGCUUAUAUCCUUGGGGAGAUGGGGGAGGAGAUAAAACAAAUGACUCGGCUGCUCCUGAGGGUACAGAAGACAAGUUAAGAGUGAUAAUUGACUGGCUUUUGAAGACAGGAGUGUGACUGGAGAAUUUGUCCAGGCAUGAUCACCCCUUACUUUGAAUCAUACUUUUGUGUUGCUCUUUUCUUUGUUUUUAAUAAAUCUCCUCCUUAGAAUUUUUUCCUCUGCAUAGGAGGCAAGUAUGGACUGGAGAAAGUCGCUUUGGAAGGACAGAGUGACUGUGUCCAGCUUAGUCAUGGAUAGGUCAUGCAAACGUGAGUGUGUGAUGCUGCAGGGCUGGUGAUGGUGGGAGCAUAGGGUGUUUGUGUGCCAAAUCAAGGGUACUUGUUUGGCAAUUUUGAGUGGUGGAGCGGGCUGUGCUGGCUCUCACUAGGAAAAUAAUGAUAAUUAUACUGUUUGAUUCAAGCAUUUGGUGUGGAAAACAUCCUGCUACCUUGUUACAUCCAAAUGUCUGUCUGUCUGUUUUUCUUCCCUAUCUUACCCCAGUACCGCCUCCCCGAUUGAUGUCCAUUAUUUGGGAAGCUUGUACUUACAGGCACAUGUAACCUGUGCCUAGCUUUUCACAACCUUGCAAGUGGAAGCUAAUAAUUUUUUGGCAAACUCUGGAAGCAGACUGAUGCUAUUGUGCUGGGCAAGGAAGUGUGUGUUGUGCAGUGUUUAUCACUCAAAAGCUGAAGACAGCAGAAUUCAGGAACAGAAGGAAGCCAGACCACGAGGAAGAAGGUUCGAGCUGCUGCUUUGAGCGUGGGCUUGCUGGCUUAGCAGUUGCUCUCUGGUAAAUUGUGUUGCCCUAAAAUGUAAAAAUAGCAAAUCUGUGAAGUCUGUCAUCUCGUUAUUUCUAUGCAAGUGAGUGUGGUAUAGAGGCAGAGCAUCCAGGCGCAUCUGGCACCAGUGGCCAUACAUCCUCUGCGACAAAUCCAGCACCAAACCCUAGAUGUGUGUUUGAGGAACGAAUGAUGAUCACUGUAGCUAUGACUUAAUUGACCCUGCCACCUUUGAUGACACUGUUGGGGUUUUUUUUGUCAUGAACGAUUAGGAGCUGUGUGUUCACCAUAGCCUCUUUCCCCUUCUUCCAAGCAAAGCCAAAAUGCCUUUACAGAUUACUUGAGAGAUGUUUACUGCAUCCAAAAUAAACUCAUCUAAAUGGGUAAAGGACAUCUGACUGCUUGUGAAGAGUCCAGUCAAGCCUCCCGGAUUCAGGAGGCCGGUGGCCAUGCUGCAGGCAGCAGCCUUGUUCUUGCAGCCACCGCAGAGCUGGAGGGACGAUUUACUGCAGCAAUGUCCAUCUGUCUGUGGAAAGGUGGGGAGUCUGGAGUGAUGGCGCUGCUAAACUGUUGCUCUCCUACAUGCGCAGACAUACAGUUACUCACGGUUCUGGCAAUGGUUGUUAACAGGAAAAAGACCUCAAAAUUCAGCAGGUGGUGUUUUUUGGAAAGGUGUCAUAAAACACAUGUGCGCCAUGUGCUCACACGCUAAUCUCAGACAAUCACAUUCAUACCUGCUUCAGCCUAACCACCUUACUGAAGGGUUUAUUGCCACCCAGCAGCUCGGUGGUUUCUCUUUGUGGUCACCAAAUCCAUCGAAUGCUUGGUAAAAUGCUGUAAUUCUGCUGUCACUUGUUACAAUACACACCGAUGCCUGAAAAAGUGUAAUUGGCUUUUGCGUGAGCACCCACUGCCUUAUACGUACAUGGGGGUAUCUUGUAUUUAUUCAUGGCUGGUGGGGAAGGCAAGCUCUCCAGGUCUGACCAUCUUGUCUCUCAGCAGUCUACGCAGCUCCCUCCAGUACUGUAAGUUACAUAUGCAUAUGACGGGGAGACCGGACACUUUUGUGUGUAGACUGAGAAUGAAUUACUAUCUUACAAGCACUGUGAAUAUCUAUUAUGCAAGCUUUUGUAUUCAUUUGGAGAAAAAAAAACCUGUUCCUGCUAGUAAUAGAUUUAUUUUUUGUUUGUCUUCGGAUUUAGAAGGUUUCUUAUUAUUUUUUGGUUUAAUUAGUUUGGUAGAGGGUAAUGUGUAAGCAUUUAUCAGCUGAUGUUAGAAACUAGCUGCCAAUAUUUGUACAUAUUUGUAAAAUACUCAUGGUAUAAUCACUCUAUUUUAAUGGUAAAAGUUUCUCCUUUCCAUGAAAGGAAUUUCUUGUUUAAAAUAAAAUAUAAAUAAGUAUAUGUACACCUGCAAUAAAGUAUGGAUGAAAAAGGUAA